CCCGGGGCUGAGGCGGCGGCGGAACGGCGGCGGUGGGGCCCGCGUUGCCGCCGGGGCGCUGUUGGGACGGACCGGCCGGGUGCAGCGCCGUCAUGGCCGCCCCCCGCGUCCUCAACGUUAACGUGGGCGUCCUGGGCCACAUCGACAGCGGGAAGACGGCGCUGGCCCGGGCGCUGAGCACCACCGGCUCCACCGCCGCCUUCGACCGGGCGCCGCAGAGCCGGGCGCGGGGCAUCACGCUGGAUCUGGGCUUCUCCUGCCUGCGGACGGCCCUGCCGCCACAGCUGGGCCCGGGGCCCGGCGAGCUCCAGUUCACCCUGGUCGACUGCCCGGGGCACGCCUCCCUCAUCCGCACCAUCAUCGGCGGUGCCCAGAUUAUUGAUUUGAUGAUGCUUGUAAUAGAUGUGACAAAAGGGAUGCAGACGCAGUCAGCAGAGUGCUUGGUAAUUGGGCAAAUUGCCUGCCAGAAGAUGGUGGUAGUUCUGAACAAAAUAGAUCUCCUUCCAGAGGGGAAGAGGCAAAGUGCCAUUGAGAAGAUGACUAAGAAAAUGCAGAAGACCUUGGAAAACACAAAGUUCUGUGGGUGUCCUAUUGUUGCUGUUGCAGCAAAGCCCGGUGGACCAGAAGCCCCAGAGUCUGAGAAUCCGCUAGGUGUUUCUGAAUUAAUUGAGGUCCUGAAGUCUCAGGCUUACCUGCCAUCAAGAGACCCCUCGGGACACUUCCUUAUGGCAGUCGACCACUGUUUCUCUAUCAAGGGUCAAGGCACGGUGAUGACAGGGACUAUUCUGUCUGGCUCUGUUAGCCUUGGUGACAAUGUGGAGAUUCCUGCCCUGAAGGUGACAAAGAAAGUCAAGUCCAUGCAGAUGUUCCAUACUCCCGUGACUUACGCUAUGCAGGGUGACAGAGUAGGUAUCUGUGUAACCCAGUUUGAUCCCAAACUGCUAGAACGAGGCCUGAUUUGCACCCCAGAGUCACUUCACACCAUCCACGCUGCAAUAAUUUCCCUGAAGAAAAUCCAGUAUUUUCGAGGAGCUCUUCAGACGAAGGCCAAGUUCCAUAUCACAGUUGGUCAUGAAACAGUUAUGGGAAGAGUGAUGUUUUUCAGUCCAGCCCCUGCCAACUUCAAUGAAGAAAUUCAAGAAAAUGUUUUUGAUUUUGAAAAAGAUUAUCUUUAUCAAGAGGAGUAUCUGUCCAAGGACUCAAAUUCUUCAGAGGAGAACAAAGAAAAUGACCAGGCAGGAGAAGUUCAACUCCCAAGACAACAGUGGGCUUUGCUAGAGUUUGAAAAACCAGUCACUUGUCCUAAACUCUGCCUUGUGAUCGGCUCCAAGCUGGAUACAGAUAUUCACGCAAAUACCUGCAGGUUGGCGUUCCAUGGGGUACUGCUCCAGGGCAUGGAAGACAAGAACUACAUGGAGACUUUCCUUCCAAAGCUGAAAGUGUACAAACUGAAGCAUAAAGAAGGACAAGUGGAAAGGGUGAUGGAUGACUACAGCGUGAUCGGUCGUUCGUUGUUUAAAAAGGAAACAAACAUCCAGAUUUUUGUGGGUCUAAAAGUCAAACUCUCUACAGGAGAAGAUGGAAUAAUAGAUGGCGGUUUUGGACAAAGUGGCAAAUUUAAAAUCCGAAUUCCAGACGGGCUGAAGCCGGAUACCAAGAUGCUUCUUACUGUUGCCUCCAAGAAGAAAACUAAGGCAGGGAAGGGGGAUGCAGCCAAAGAGGAUGAAAGCAGCAAGAAUGAUUCAGCCCAACCUGUUACCAUCUCUCUUCUCUUUAAAAGAUAUGUCUUUGACACGCAGAAGAAAAUGAUUCAAUCCUGAGAAAGCGAGAGGCCUCUGAUCGCACCUGAAAGACCAGACUCUGAAAUGAAUUCAGGUGGACUUGUCUGAACGCAUUAGACCUGUUCCCUCCUCACAAGCGGAACCUGGAAGCCCCUGCUGACUAUGUGUCCCCUCCCAAAAUCUCCACAAUCUGGUUUUGUUCUGUUAGAAUCUGCUUAUUUUGUCAUCUUUGCGAUGUGAAUCUUUAUGGCCUCUCAGAGCAUGUCACCUGCCAGAUGAGCGCGUUUGGGGGUGUGUGCUAAUAGUGGUGUUUUUCUGGAUGAUUGUUUCGAAGUUUCUCUUGAUUUAAAAGUUUGCCACCAAUAUUAAUGUAAAUCUAGUCAAGAUGUGAAUUUCAUGCGACCCGCAAAGUGAAGCUGAUUAGUCUGGGUUUACUUCCCCGAGCAAAGCUGGGGGCAGAAAGCACGUGAUAUAAUAGGUGAAACCUAAAAUGGAUGUUUCACAUUCCUUCAGCUGCAACUAUGUAAGAUGCUAUCUGAGAGAUGGUAUGGAUCUUUUUUAUAAAUAAGAUUUAUAUCUAGAAAUGUUUUUCAUAUUAAACACAAUGAUGCGUGUAACUGAGAGUCUUAAUUGUUCUGUUUGCCGUUCCAAAGGUUCAGAAGCUAUCUUCAGUGACAUUUUGUAUAGCUUUUCUGAAUUUCCUGUCUGUUGUGCGGUGAAUCCUACUCCAGAAUUGUUUUCUUUUUUUGUAAGCAAAAUGUCAUUUGUGUGUGAAAGAAAAAGUUGCCUCUGGAAAUAGUCAAGGGCUUUAUUUCAUUAAAAUAAUGAUAGAAGAUGGCAGCAUAAGCCUUGUAAAAUGAGUAUCUCCAAGAUGCUUUAGAAACCAUUAGUUGUUUAAUAGGGAUUUCAUGGCUGCUUUAGUUCUUCCUCUCAAUUUCAUGUCCUGGGCACAUAAAAAGGAGAGCACUGGUAAUAUCCCUUCUUUGUUAGUUACAAAGCAUAGGACACCUUAAUGUGAAAACUGGCAGUAAUUCCACAGGUACGAAAUCUGCAUUCUGGAACAGAAACUGGACUCGGGCUUGGCGGCGUGGCAAAGGCUAGUUCCUGCCUUUUGAAGAAAAAGAGUACUUCUGCUGGGUGACGUUAAAUAGGCGCCUGUGACCCCUUUGCUGAAGCCAUAGAAGAUCCCAGGGUGUAUAAUGUAAGUGCAGUAGUUGCACAUGGAAGUAAAUAACUGUAAUGGAUUGCCACAGUCUUUCUAAUCAUUAUAACUAUAUUAUUAAUAACAGCGUUAUUAAUUAAAUAUCCAUUGUUGGGUGUGAGUCCAUCAUGCUAACAUGAUCCUGUUUUUUUCAGUCUUUUUCUUUUCCUUCUAACUUCCAGGUAACCAAAGUGGAUACAAAUGGCAAAACCAUCAGCUAUUGAGAGGAUAUUUACAGCCGGACAGUCGUGAGACAGGGCAGUCCUGGUGGCUAAACGAGGUUGAUGGUGCCCCUUUAAAUCAGAACAGAAUUAGUGCUUUGUGGAAUAAUCCCAAACGGUUUCUGCUGAGUGAGUCCCAGCAAAGCUUUAGCACAUCCCUUAAGAUUAUGGGGUAUGCUUUCAGUGUGAUCCCAGAGGAAUUAGGCAGGCAACUUCAGCUAUGGCUUAAUGUGACUUGUGCUGCCAGCCUUGCUGGAAAAUGUAUCCUUCUCUAAUGAAAAAAAUGCAUUUCACACCCAUGUCACCUCUCCUUCCCCAUUUCUUUCCUCUUCCCAGACACCCCCAAAGGCAGUCUUUGGGAAGAAUAUUUAUGUUAUCUUUCUUUUAAGCCUUUGUCAAAUCCUGUUUUGUACCCUGCACCCUGUUACCUCCGCUUAAGAUACUGCAGUGAUGGAAGCUAGAGAAACAGAUGACAUAGAAGCAAUGCCGUUAUUACCAUCCCAGGUUAGUCUUAAGAAUUUUUGAUAUAUAAAAGAAGUCUCAUUAAAAAAAAAAAAAUCAAGUGAAUUAAGGAACUUACAUUUUUAUCUGUAUAGUUCUAAUGUCCUUGCCAAAUUUUAAAUUCUGCCAACUCUGCUUGGCGUUUUGGAAAGAAAAGGGCAGUCGUCAGGAGAGGUGUCCUGCUGUUGGCUGCUCCAGAGUUGUUAGCCUUGCGCUUACAGGUUUUUGUCUUUCUCAUUUUUCAAUAGUUCUGGAGAGGAGGCUGUCAGUGUAAGUGGUGGUAUGUGUCAUUACAAAGCACUAUCUGAUUAAUGUUUUCCCGUCUAUGCUGUGGAUUGCCCGUAGCAGGAUUAGUGAGUCAGUUGUUAUGGAACUUGAUGCAUUGGAAAACUCAUUAGACCUGAAUACUUUGUUUUGCGGCCCUCUGCUUGGCUGAAAGGUCCUCUUGUGCUGAGGGUCCCAUGCUUUAUUUGCUUGGAAUACUCCAAGGGGGGGAGCAGCAACAGCUUCCAGAGCCAGACCUCCAUCCCUUUCUCAUCCAGUCUCCAGUAAUACACUUUUUUAAAUCUUUCCCCUCAUCUUCCAUCUCAUUUCUAGACUAGCGUACUAACUCAGGAUCUUUCUUCCAUCCUCUCAGUCCAAGACCUAAUCUCUUCUUCAGCACUCCUAUUUUCCAUCUUUGCUCGUUGCUUCUCCGUAUUCUGGCUCUGCUCUUGCCUCUGGAGGAGGAGAUGUAAAAUCUGGGUGCCGGCUGGGCUCCCACGGCAGGUACUGGGAGCCCAGCACGGUGCGGGGAAGGCUCUCGCCCUGCAGCUGACACCAGCUCCAGCGUGCGGCGAGUAACCGCCUGUGUUCUGGCCUGCAGGCUGUGAGUUGCGCAGAGCUCUCACGGGCAGCCGCUGCUGACCCAGGGGGAGCAGAGGCAUGUGUGCUGUGCCUCGUGCCAGUCCCUUCACCCACCGCCGUGUCCCGUCCUUGGGCUUUGUAAUCCUCUAUGUAAAGCCCUGUCCUUUUCUUUUGCUCCCCUAGCAGAGGUUUGCGUAGGACAGACAGCUGUUGAAGACUGGGGUUUGGUUUUGUGUUUUUCCCCUUUUUUAAUUCCAAAAGGAGAAUUUAAGUGUGCUGGGGAACUUUGAUUGUAAUGUGCUAUUACUGCAGAUCUCUGGCUGCUGUCCUGAGGCUGUUGGAUACACAUUCGAAAAAGGGUGAAAUGGUGGAACAAAAUGAUUAUGGGAAAAUCAAAGCUUUUAAAGACAUUUGUAGGAUGAACAGAUGUUCAAACAUUCUUUUAUUUGGUUUCCAGACAGACGUAGAGACUUUCCUUUCAUCCUCGUAAUCAGUGCAUUAUGCUGUAAUUUGUAAAAAUGGCAUUAAAAAAAUAUUAACAGGGUCAUAUUGUGAUCUACUGACUCCGUGUCAUUAAGCCGUGAAGUUAAGAACGGCAACUGGGAACAGGGGUUAAAUGUUGCAGAAUGUACUGUACUAGCAUAUAUUGUCAGGCUGUGUUAUAAUGAAUCCAAAAUGGAAUAAAGAUGU